AUGGCCGGAGCUCACAGGCUCCUCGUCAGUAUGUCCUGCGAGGCCGGCGGCACGUCGCGCCGGACGCUGACCGCCGCGGCGCUGCUCCUCUGCCUGCUGCUGGGCGUCGCGUCGGCGCACCCGCUGCCGAGCGGCCGGACGAACGCCACCGCGCUGGAGAGGCGCUGGGAGACGCUCUUCUCCCGCUCCGUGCUGGGGAUCUCCGGGGAGAAGCCGGAGCUCAACUGGGAGAGCGACUACCUGCUGGGCAUCAAGCGGGUGCGGAGGCUCUACUGCAACGUGGGCAUCGGCUUCCACCUGCAGGUGCUCCCGGACGGACGGAUCACCGGCGUGCACCACGAGAACCCGUACAGUCUGAUUGAGAUCUCCACCGUGGAGAGAGGAGUGGUGAGCCUGCACGGAGUCAAGAGUGACUUGUAUGUCGCCAUGAACAGACGAGGGAGACUAUAUGGGACGACAUUUUUCCACGAGGAAUGCAAGUUCCGAGAGAAGCUGCUCCCCAAUAACUACAACGCCUAUGAGUCGCUGGCGUACAGAGGCUUCUUCGUGGCACUCAGCAAGCACGGCCGCGUGAAAAGAGGCAACAAGGCCACCACUGCCAUGACUGUAACGCACUUCCUGCCCCGAAUAUGAACCCCCCCCGU